GUUUUGCGGUGCCCGCAUCGAAGAUUAGGGUUUUCUUUCGUUGCUUUCCGAGCCGGAGAUCGAUCCCCAUUUGACGAGAUGGAUCACGGCGGUGGCGGUGGGUUCCACCGUAACGAGGCGAUCUCGGCGAUCCAGGACGAGGAGCAGUUCUACGGUGAAGACGACGACUAUGAUGACCUCUACAGCGAUGUCAACGUCGGCGAGGGGUUUCAUCAGACGUUCGACAAUAGAGAUGGCGCGGGGGGUUUUCAACCGGUGGAGGAGCAGCGGAGCGACGCUCCGCCGCCGCUACAACCGCCGCAGCCGCCACGACCUAUGCCUCCGCAGGUGCAGCAGCCUGUGGAGGAGGCUUCGGAGAGGGUCCAGAUCCCGGGUAUCGUGGCGGAACCUAAGAUCGAGCGGUCCCUUGAUAGAUCUGGGGGUUUCCAUGACCAGGGUUUUAGGGGAGGCGUCGAGCCGGCUGUUGCGGCUAGACAAGCGGCACCUCCGCUCCCUCCACCGCCUGUACCCGCUGGUAGGCCUGACAUGGGCCAGCCUUCUGGUGGAUUUGCGCAGAUCCAGAGUCAGAAUGGAAACAAUAGCUUCCAAAAUGAGAGUUUUCAGAGGCAAGGAGGUGGCUUCGGAAACGAGGGCUUUCAGAAGCAAGGGAGUGGUGGAGGCAGCGUGAUAACUGUUGGGAAUGCUAAUGGAGGUGACGCAGGUGGCAGUGGAGGAGUUGGUGGGACUACUCUGUUCGUUGGGGAUCUCCAUUGGUGGACUACUGACGCAGAGAUUGAGGCUGAGCUGUGCAAGUAUGGGCAGGUUAAAGAAGUGAAAUUUUUUGACGAGAGGGCAAGCGGAAAAUCAAAGGGAUACUGCCAGGUUGACUUCUACGAUCCAAUGGCGGCGGCCGCCUGUAAGGAGGGUAUGAAUGGUCACAUUUUCAAUGGCAGGCCUUGCGUUGUUGCCCAAGCAUCGCCAUUCACUGUCCGGAAAAUGGGUGAGAACCAAGUGAACAAGAAUCAACAGGUGAUGUCUCAGACGCAACCGCCAGCACCUCCUCAGAAGGGCAGAGGAGGUGGCGGGCCUUCAGUUGGCAACAACAACUUUGGGCGCGGUGGAGGUGGUGGUGGAGGCGGUGGUGGAAAUUGGGGAAGAGGUGGUGGAAUGGGGAACCGUGGGCCAAUGGGUAACAUGAGGAACAGAAUGGGUCCAGUUGGUGGAAGAGGAAUUAUGGGCAACGGCGGUAUGGUUGCCCCACCGCCACCAGUUCUACAUCCUGGAGCUAUGAUUGGUCAAGGAUUCGACCCUAUGGGCUAUGGUGCAGCUAUGGGGAGAAUGGGUGCUGGCUUUGGCGGUUUCCCUGGAGGUGCAGCUGGAGCUCCUUUUCCUGGAAUGAUGCCUUCAUUCCCUCCUGUUGUGGCACCGCAUGUCAAUCCUGCUUUCUUUGGACGGGGUUUGGCGCCUGGUGGUGUUGGGAUGUGGUCUGAUCCCAACUUGGGUGGUUGGGGUGGUGAAGAGCAAUCAAGCUAUGGGGAGGAUGCUGCAUCUGAUCAACAGUAUGGAGAAGGGAGCCAUGGGAAAGAGAGGAUAGCUGAAAGAGAUCGAUAUGGUGCUCCAGAAAGAAGACACGAAAAGGAGAAAGAAAUGGGUUCUGGACAAGAUUGGCAGGAGAGGAAACACCGUGAUGAGAGGGAAAGAGAUUCAGGGAGAGAAAAGGAAAUGAAUCGGGAGAGGGAUCGAGAGAGGGAGAGGGAAAGAGAAAGGGACAGAGACAGGGAGAGAGAUAGGGAUAGAGAUAGGGAAAGGGAGCGAGAGUUUGAUCGUGAACGUGAUAGGCAUCGAGAUGACAGAGAUAGGCAUGGGGAUCGCUAUAGGCACAGGGAUCGUGAACCAGAGCGUGAUGAGGACUGGGCUAGAGGAAGAUCGUCUAGGCCUCGCAGUAAGUCACGGGAGGUUGAACAUUCAAAAAGGCGCCGCCAGACACCUGAAUGAUUCAGGCCCUUUGCAACUUUCUCUACUCAAAAGAUCAGAAGUUUUAGUAGUUGCUUUCGCUGCUAGUCCUAGAUACCUGAGAAUUCUUGUAAGGGCCUGGCUCAGUCACCAGAUUGAAGAACUAGAAAAUACUUUGGUGCCUUCACCUCUCUAUCGGGCGACUCGCUGGCCUGUUACUGGUCUUCAGGAUUGACCUAGUCAUACACAUCUUUGGUACUCGAUGCUUAAGUUAAAAUGAACUUGCUGCUGGUGAUCUUAUAAAUGCUAUUUUGGGACUUUUCUAGUGUGAUUAUUCCGCUGAGACACAUUUUGCUAAGAUACUACAUCAGUUAUGAUAUGCAAUCAGUCAUGGUACUUUUAUGCAGCUUUUUAAGAUAAAUGAUGCAAGAUUAGUGAAUCAGAUAAAUGAUGUGUGGUCCUUCAAGGGCAUUAUGAUGGGUUUUAGCUGACCAUGACACCCUGUUAUUGAUAUGUUUAAUUAAAUUGUUCUUAAUGACUGUUCGACUUUUCCUUGCUGUAACACUAAGAUAUCCUAGCCAAAUUUAGUUCCUUUUUUUUUUAUUUAUUUUUUGUAAAUGGUCAACCCAUGAAAUGUGUUCCCUAGGUUCUGCUUACAUUGUUGAUUAUGUUGUUUUUUCUUCUAUUUAUUUGUUUGUAGUGCCUAAUAUUAUAGGCAUGCCUAAAUGUGGCAAUAAUGGGGAAUAUUUUUUGUUACAUUCUCCUCCAUGUAAAUACUUGCCAUAGUAAUGAAAAUUAUUCUUUUUUGAA